UGUUGCUAGAACUCAAAUAGAACUGUUAUUCAAAACAUAACCGAACGGGCUCAUCGAAAUUCCAAAUUGCUGCAAUCCUUGGACGUGGAUUUAGCUAACAAAAAAACCAAAAGAAAAAAAAAACAGGAAAAAACAAAAUGUCAUCGUACCAGAAACACACAUCCUUCAAUUUCCUGUCCAAGGAUGCCGCCGUUGGCUACUGCAUGAACUAUAUGGUGAGAAGGAGUCGGAUCUCAGCGACGCCAACCCCAGCUCCGAGCAGCGAAGCCAGCGACGAGCCGACGCCCAAUCUGGACGACAUCAUAGCGCGCCUAACCGAGCAGGGCAUGGUGGGCGGCAACGUGGCGCUCGAGGAGCACGAGAUCAGCGAGAUCUGCAGCAGGGCACGGGAGGAGCUGCUCAAGGAGCCGACGCUGCUCGAGCUGCGGGCACCCAUCAAUAUACUGGGCGACAUACACGGCCAGUUCAGCAAUUUGCUGAAGUACUUCAAGAUGUCGGGCUACCCGCCCGAAGCCAACUAUUUGUUUCUGGGCGACUAUGUCGAUCGCGGCAAGCAGUCCGUGGAGACGCUCACCCUGCUGCUGGCCUACAAGGUGCGCUACCCGGACAAGAUCUUCCUGCUGCGCGGCAACCACGAAAGCUCCAGCGUGAACCGCAUCUACGGCUUCUACGAUGAGUGCAAGCGGCGCUACACGGCCAAGCUCUGGCGCUCCUUCGUCGACUGCUACAACUGCAUGCCGGUGGCGGCGGUGAUUGAGAGAAACAUAUUUUGCUGCCACGGCGGGCUGAGUCCCAGUUUGUUUACUAUGGACCAGAUACGCAUGAUAAACCGACCCUGCGAGAUACCCGAGCAGGGCUUGCUCUGUGAUCUGCUGUGGUCAGAUCCUGAUGAAAAAACCUUGGGUUGGGGCCUGAACGAACGCGGCGUGAGCUACACCUUUGGGGCGGACAUAGUCAGCUCGUUUCUUGACCGGCACGGCUUUAGCCUGAUCUGUCGCGCCCAUCAGGUGGUCGAGGAUGGCUACGAGUUCUUUGCCAAGCGACAGCUGCUCACACUCUUCUCGGCGCCCAACUACUGCGGGGAGUUCGACAAUGCCGGCGCCAUGAUGUGCGUCGAUGAGAACCUCCUGUGCACCUUUCGCAUACAGAAGCCUUUGCCCACUAAACGCUAUCAAAAUAUGACAAUCAAAAAUUUUUAUAAUUCAACAAACCCAUAAUCAUUGACUCGUAUUUUCAGGACGAGCCGUAACAGUUGAUGCAGUCUAUAAAUUAAGUGUCUUCUGGAUUGCUCAAACAGUCUGAGUGCCAAAUUUUGAAGUCUAGUGUUGUACAGUGCUGUGUAAAGUCAAAAUAUACAUAAUAGUAAUAUUCAA